AUGAAACCUUCUGUAGAUGCCAGCAAUGGAUUGAAAGACAAGUCCAAGAAGCUCUACAUUCGAGUGACAGAAUCAUUAACCACAAUCUAUUCGGAUUUCUCAGAUGGUAUUGCUCGGCUGCCACCCAUGGCAGAGUCAAACGCUUUGCAUUGGAAACAAAACCUGGAGAUGCAUAGGCUUUCAAUAAAACCAUACAUUCCAGAGGGUCUCUAUGGUCUAUGCAACUUUUGGUACUCAACCGAAGCCGAGAAACUGUUUGCAUCAAGAGGUUUCGAAACAGCUCGCGAGGCAGCCGCAACGAUUCUAGCUUUGUUGAAGGAGGCUGCAAAGAGCACAGAGCAUGCCAAGGAACUGAUCACUGAACUUGCCGCGUCAGACUUGCCAACCUACUACAUUGACAACUUCGAUGGAGAGCCCCUUGAAAUGCAGUUUGAUCCUGCACGAGUUGAAAAGCUGGCCGUUACUGUCAAAUGUAAAGCCUCGUACAUGCAGCGGGCCAUUACACUACUAAUGGAAGCCGAUGGAGAGGGCGAGCAGAUGAACUGGUUUCGACGGGGUGAUUUGACAAUUACUAAUCCAACGACAAUUCAAUGGUGGCUACGGCAGUUUCGAGAUCAACGGCGGUUCCCCAAUCCCCUCAUGAAAGAGAAACUAGGGAUCGCUUUGUUUGUUAACCAUCCACAGUAG